AUGCAUGGUUACAGAAAAGCCGGGGAGGCAUCUGGUCAGGCUGGAGGAGCAGAGAUGAAGAAUAAAAGCAACAACGUCACAGAGAGUACGCCAAGCAGAAGCACACAACGCCACUGCAGUGCCUGUGCACGGGAAGAGCGGUUAGCCUCAGAGAAUCAGGACUUGUACUUCCCGGGAUACGGGAUGGACAGCUGUCUGUCUGGGGAUGGGCCUCUCUCUGAGGCUGCUGCCAUGUUUGCGGGCCUGCCGCCUGGCCACGUUCUGUUUGACAUCCGCCGCCGCUUCGUGGAACGAGCAAAGCGGAUAGACACCAUCUCGCGAGCCGUCUUCCCCCUCAGCUUCCUCGUUUUCAACGUGUUCUAUUGGAUCACAUACAAAGUGCUUAGAAAUGAGGACAUUCACCCUGCCCUGCAACCCUGACUCCUUUUAAGACUUCUGAACUUCCCAGUAUCCCAU